AUGACGUCCAACUACGUCAAGAAUCGACUGCCGUCACCUAGAGUCGUACACAAGACCCCGUUUGAGAUUGCCUACAACUUGAAACCAAGCGUCAAGCACACGCGAGCAUUCGGGUGUCAGACGUACAUACUGACGCCAAAGGAGAAUCGACUCACGUGGGAUCCAAAGGCUCGCGCUGGCAUAUUCGUGGUUAUCAGUCGCGAUGUCAGCUUCGACGAGUCCACCUUUGGACUGCCGCUGCUGAUCACUGAUGAAGAUGCCGAUGACCUGGACUUCGAAUUGCUUGACCUCAAUGAUGAAGAGCCGCGUCUGGUGGAGUACAAGCAAACAGGCAAGCGCAAAAACCGCCUCAGUGAUGAAGAUACAGCAGCUCCACGACCGCGUGCAGUGCGUCAACGACCCGGACUAGAAAAGUCAAGCGCGCCGGAAAGCAACUCGUCACGCCAAGAAGAAGACGAAGAAACGAAGGAUUCUGAUGAAUCAACUCCGCCUGUGUUUUGUUGUGCGAAGCUCGAGUCAACGCGACUUCGCAGUGUGUUUUGUGCCGCCAAGCUUCCCAACGGACAACGCGCCAUUGGCACAAAAUGGGUGUUCAAGAUCAAGCUCAAGGCGGGUGGGUCAAUCGAGAAGUACUAG